CGGACCGGAACCAAUGGCGUCGAGUUGAACGUGUGAUCGAGCCGUUUUCAGCGUAACACCCAGCGGUGAUAAAUAAGAGCAGGUUUUAGCCGCUAGCCGUAAGCUCGGGUCGCUCCGAUGGCCGGGGGAGAAGUGGCGGGCGUCGACCUCAGCAGGAAGUUCGUGUCUGAGUCGGAGCUCGACGAGAGGAGGAAGAAGAGGCAGGAGGAAUGGGAGAAAGUCCGGAAGCCCGAAGAUCCAGAGGAGGCCCCGGAGGAGCAGUACGACCCCCGCUGCCUGUACGACCGGCUGCAGGAGCAGAAGGACAAGAAACAGCAGGAAUUUGAGGAGCAGUUUAAAUUCAGAAACAUGGUGAGGGGACUGGACGAGGACGAGACCAGUUUCCUGGACGAAGUCUCCCGCCAGCAGGUCCUGGUUGAGAAGCAACGGAGAGAUGAGGAGAAGCAGGAGCUCCUGGAGUACAGAAGCGCUCUGGUGAAGCAAGCGUCCGCCUCUGCAGAGAGUCGACGAGAAUCUGAAAAGAAGGCGGGGCCUAAAGCUUCGGGGGCGGAGCCAAAGACCAGCCACCUGUCUCAGGCUCACCUAUUAGUUGGAGCUGUGAAGAGACGCAGCUCCUCGCAGUCAUCAGACAGCAGCAAGAAGCAGAAGCUGGACAACCCAGGAGCAGCCGGAAACGGAGACAGACUCACAGAGCAGGACGGAGGGGCAGCAGGAGGAGGAAGCGGGGACGCUGAGGACCACAGCGGAGCGGCGCCCGGCCUCACGGCGAAGCCCCCGCCGUCCGCCCACGGCGUGCUGCACCUGCCGGCGGCGGCCGUGUGCGUCGGCGUCCUACCGGGGCUCUCCGCCUAUUCCGGCAGCAGCGACUCCGACAGCAGCUCGGACAGCGAAGGUAGCGUGGACGCAAUCAUGUCGCCGUACCCGCGGCACAACCGGGCCUACAGAUAGACACACACACCCGCACCCACACACCCACCCACAGAAACACUGACGCAGCCGCGGCUCUUAGACGCGUUGCCUCCGUUCCUCUCACAGCUGUGAGUUUAACCGUUGCUCUUCGUCUCCAGAGCCCAAAAAUCUCUGUCCUCAACCUGUCAUGUGCAUCCUUUCUGUGUUUGUUGCUGUGGCUCUGAACCUCCUUCCCUCGAUCACGUCUCACGCAGUUUAAGCUGACUCGGCUCCCCCCCCCUCACCCACGCCCCCCUCCCAACCCUGAACCACAGCGACUGCAGGCUGUGCUAUUGGCUGAGGGAACAGUGGCUGACGGCUGUGGAGCGACGAGGAGAGGACGGGUUGUUUUAGAGGACUCAGACAGCUUUUAAUGUGUUUUUGUCGUCAGGAGGAAAAAUGCUGUUUGCUUCUUUCUUGUCUCAGACGUAGAAAUGUUUAGAAUAAAAAAAAAAUAAUAAUGGAAUAUGCUGAUUUUUUUUUUGUUUUGUUUUUGUUUGUGUGAGUGAGCUGGAAAGAGAGAACGCUCCCUGAAAUUGUUGUCGUGUCGGAAUAAAAUGAUUUACUGAACUGCA